AUGGCAUUUUUUAAGAGCUUCCAGCAAAGCCUCCCCUCAGUGUCUGCCAUGUUGGAAUCGGUGACAGAAAAAGUCGACGAUUUGGCUUAUGCUCUGAGCGACGUUACAUACACGGUGACCGGAGAACUCGCUGAGCAUGUCAACACUAUCAUUCACAAAGUGCAAGCUGAGGAGCUGAAGAGGAUUCGUAAGAAAGAGGCGGAGGAGAAGGAGGCUGCGGCACGACAGGCCCAGGAGAGAAGAGACACUUUUCUGGAUCGGGCUGAAAUCCAGACCCAGGCUUCAUCUGGCCUAGUGGAGGAUCCUGAGCCUCAGAUUGCAUACAACGACCCCUGUUCAGUGCUGUCAACUGAGACCUUAUCUACAGAAAGUGACCUCUCACAGACUCCUGACAUGCUGAUAGAAAAGUUCAAGGCACAAAAUAGUGCUGAUUCACUCUUUAUAUGCCAACAAAACGGAUCUUGCAUUAAAGAAACUUCAGAGGUCACUAAAGUAAAAACAUCUAGUCCAGAAGAUGGUAAUGAGAUGAAGAAAUCUAGCAGUAGAGAUGCUGAAGAAAAGAGUUACGUGAAUGCCGACUAUCACUGCUCGUCGUCAGACAGUGAUGAUGAGGUGAUCGGUCAGUACCAGGAGGCCGUGUCCCGGUCGCAGGGUCUCCGUGGAGGUUCAGCACGAACAAACUCACGUCACCAGAAGGGCUAUGGAUGGGACACACGGCAGAAAUACUCCCCUCUAGCGGCUGAGUAUGACGGCUACAGCAGCGAAGCAUCGGCAGAUGAUGUGAACUGCAUCCAGCGGAUGAGACGGACUCCGCCAUUGGACGAGCUGCAGCCUCCACCCUAUCAGGAUGAGGACGGGUCACCGCGCAUGUCAUGCACACCCUCUGACCUGGGCGAUGCCAAAUGUGACCUUUCACAUGGGAGCGAUAGCCCCAGACACAGCUAUGGGAAAUGUCCGAGCGAGCUCAGUGGAGCCCAGGAAACAGAGAGCUUCCUGAACAAGGGCUAUGAAGAAGAUGUGCCAAGUGACAGCACUGCUGUACUCAGCCCAGAGGAUCUGUCUGCACGUGGAUCUGCAGCUCAGCUUCCUAAAGGCUAUGACCCGGAUCCUCUCGCUCAAUAUGGGACACUUGACGUCGUGUUUGACUACGAUUCAUCUGACCAGCGUUUGUCCAUCUCCAUAACAGCGCUGACAGACAUUCCUUCUGUCAAGCGCACGGGGAACAUCUCCUGGCAGGUGCAUCUGGUGCUGCUGCCCACCAAAAAGCAGAGGGCCAAGACCAUCAUCCAGCGCGGCCCCUGCCCCGUCUUUACUGAGACCUUUCACUUCAGCCAUAUUGAGUCAGAGAUGAUCGGGAACUACGCCAUUCGCUUUCGCCUAUACAGCGUGCGCAGGAUGAAGAAGGAGAAAGCUCUCGGAGAGAAGGUGUUCUACCUCACCAAACUCAACCUGCAGGGCAAGAUGUCGGUGCCCAUCAUACUGGACCCGUACUGCAACAUACCUGGCAGUGACUCUCAGGCAAGCAUGUCAGAUGUGUCGUGCAGUGAAACGGCCUCAUCGUACCCGUCUGCGGCUCAAGGAUCUGCUCCAGAGAUUCUACUGGGUCUUGUGUACAACGCCACUACAGGACGUCUCUCUGUGGAGGUCAUCAAAGGAAGCCACUUCAAAAACCUGGCUGCAAAUAAACCUCCUAACGGUUUGUUCUGUUGUCUAAAGCACUUGAUAGGUGGCCAAGUGUACAUAAUCCGAGACACGUAUGUGAAGCUGACUCUGCUCAACUCAAUGGGUCAGGAGAUGUCCAAGUGUAAGACGUCCGUUUGCCGAGGCCAACCCAACCCCACCUACAAGGAGACCUUUGUGUUCCAGGUAGCUUUGUUUCAGCUCUCCGACGUCACGCUCAUCCUGUCCGUCUACAACAAGCGCAGCAUGAAACGCAAGGAGAUGAUUGGCUGGAUCUCUCUGGGCCUCAACAGCUCCGGAGAAGAAGAAUUAACUCACUGGACUGAGAUGAAGGAGUCAAAGGGACAGCAGGUGUGUCGAUGGCACAGUCUUCUGGAGUCCUAGAACGCUAGUGAGCCACAGUGAUGAUGAUGAGGAUGAUGAUGUGUGUAAUGGGAUGGGGGACAGAGAGCAGGUCAGGCCCUCGAAUGACCCCCCCCAAGCGACAGGCUGGCCCUCACUUCAGUGCAUUAAGAGAAACACUAGUAGUUCUGGGGAUGGUAUCCGCUCUCCUUCCCAGUGUAUUUUGGGAAAUGAGUUAGAGAAAAUGGUGAGAACAGGGUUAGAUGUGACCGGAUUAAUGGAGGUAACAGGUUUGGGGAUUUUUUAUAUAUAUUUAUUUGUAUAUUUGUUAUCUUGAUGUUUCUAUUUUUGAUCUGCUCGAGAUGAUUGUUUCUAAUGGGCGUAUUGUAUGGUGCUUUAGGGUCAAACAGAGGGAAAAAAACAAACAAAUAUCCAUCUUUUUCCUAUACCCCAUGAUGCUCUGGAGAUUGAUCAUGAGAAUCGACUAAGGUAAUGCAAGUUUAUCUAUACACUACCUGACAAAAGUCUUGUCACCUAUCCAGGUUUUAGGAACAACAAAUAAUAACUUGACUUCUAGUUGAUCAUUUGGCAUCAGAAGUGGCUUUUAUGAAAGGCAAAGGCCUCUCGAUUACGCUUAUUUUACCAAAAUAAAAUAUGAUCAUGCCUUGAUUUUUAAUUAUUUAUUUAGAUCAGUAAGGUCUGACUUUGCUUAGACAAAAGUCUUGUCACUUAACAAAAAUAAUGUGCAGUAUAGAAUAUAAAGUCUUGGUGCAGUGGACAGAAUGAAUAUUGUGUAAUACUGGCUCAAACAACUUAAUUAUUAAAGUUAUCUGGAAUGGAAAAGAAAGGGUUCAUCUUACCCCAGAUAUGCUCAAUAAUGUUCAUGUAUGGAGACUGGGUUGGCCAAUCCUGGAGCACCUUGACCUUCUUUGCUUUCAGGAACUUUGAUGUGAAGGCUGAAGUAUGAGGAGCGCUAUCCCGCUGAAGAAUUUGCCCUCUCCUAAUGUAAUGGGCAGCACAAAUGUCUUGAUACCUCAGGCUGUUAAUGUUGCCAGCCACUCUGGAGAUCUCUCGCUCGCCCCCAUACUGAAUGUAAUCCCAAACCAUGAUUUUUCCUUCACCACACUUGACUGAUUUCUGUGAGAAUCUUGGGUCCAUGCGGGUUCCAAUAGGUCUUCUGCAGUAUUUAUGAUGAUUGGGAUGCAGUUCAACAGAUGAUUCAUCUGAAAAAAAUUGACCUUCUGCCACUUUUCCAAAUUAUCAACUAGAAGUCAAGUUAUUAUUUGUUGCUCUUACAACUGGGAUCGACGACAAAGCUUUUUGUUAGGUAGCGUGUUGUAACACAAUGGUUAUUCAAAGUGCUUUACACAAACAAGAUGAUUACAAUAAUCCUACAAUAAUCACAAAAUUUGUAAAAGAAAUAAAUACAACAAAUAAUUACAAUCAAAAACAGAUUAGAAAUGUAU